AUGAAUAACUACUUUUCCCAAUUUAUACCUCAAAUAGGCGGAUAUGGCCCUAAUCCCUAUUUGUUGGAUGACUCCAACUCUUCGUCUCAUCCACAGAUCCAGUACAUAUCUAUAUUCAACCCAACUCUAGCUGAUGAGAGAUCCGAAUCCAAUGAGGAAUUGUACAAACAAAUCAUCUGUUUCAUAUCUUCCAAAUAUGAAAACGAACAUAAUUUAAAUGUAGAUCAGAAAGUUGAACAAUUGAGAAUUGUAGGUCUCACUAGAGGUGUUAGUUCAUUUGCAUCCAAUUUCUGUAGCUCCAAAGGCGAGAACAAGACUACCAUCAUCAAGUCUUCCAAGUCUUCAUUAAUAUUAUUUCAGUUGGAGAACGAUUUUCAGCUUGCCUGCUCAAUUUCUCUGGUAGAAAACAAGAGCAAGUCAAACUUCGUCAAUCUGCAAUUGAUUAAGAUAAUCGAUACAAUGCACAACCAAUUUGUUCUUUCGCAUACUUCUUUGUUGAACGCACUAAAUAAGUACAAAGUAGAGGCACUCAAAGACAUGUUGACUGAUUACUGGACAGGCUUCAUAUCCGCAUAUAACAACCAGUACUUUAAUAUUCCACCAGGUCUUGUGUGGCCCAACAGUUUGAACUACAAGGGAUUUCUUGGAUUGAUUCCAAAUUCACAUACUACUAAAAGAACAUACAAGAAGUCGUCACUUUCAUUCAGCCAAAGCAUAAAGGCUGAGAUUGACCAAAUUUUACAACAACCCUAUAAUGAGGAAACAGAAUCAAAGAUACCGAAGGGUGUUAUAGUGUCCUGUUUCAACAAAUCUAACAUCAAGAAGUACGGGUUAAUUUAUUCAAAUAUAGCAUUCGAUAAAACUAUAAACACAGAAAAGUUUCUGAAAGACUCAUUGAUAGAUAUAUACAACUGGCUCGAAUUUCACGACUACCAUAAUAAGUUAGAAACCGAGUCCUUAACAAGUUCAAAUUCAAAGGGGUUGUUUUCCACAAAUUUGGAGUUCCCUGAAGUUGCUUCUGAUGCUACUUCGACUAUGACUAGCGAAGAGGGCACCUAUUCUGCAUUGGACAUGCUAAGUCCACGCAACAUUGCCAGUAACUUGGUAAUUCUGCCUCUUAACUAUACUGUUAAUAGCAUUUCAUCAUUGGGAAGCCAAAUAAAAACUAUUGGCAUUGGAUCUACUCUGGAAGAAUCUAAUGUUACUGAACGUGCUGGGUGGUUGCCCGUGCCUUCAAUUUUUAAGUCUCUUAGUUUAGGUGGAGGAACAGCUGAAAACGAAGAGCAAAUUCCUUCAAAUGCUUCACUUGAAGGAGAAGAAGACGACGAUGAGGAUUCUGGUCAUUUCCUUAUUGGAACGAAAGUUAACGAGUUUAAUCAUCAAAAGGAAAUUUAUAGAAAAUUGGUAUAUUUGAAUACCAAUGUUAGCGACCUACAAGGAAACUACACCCAGAGGGAAUUGGAGUAUCUGUUGGUUGUGUACGGUAAAGAUGACAUUUAUAUCACACUAGUUUAUGAUUCUUCAAAUCCUGAACUCGAUAAUGUAGAUUUCUAUGAGGAAUUAGCGGAGGAUACACUCAUUCCAUCGAUAAAUGAAAUCAACAACUCCAUACUAGGAGGAAGCAUGAUGGGUGGAAGUGUUGCGUCGCUUAAAUCAUUGAAAGGAAUUCUCACUACUGAUGAUAUUGAUAGUGACUUUUUCUUUGUGGCAUAUGAUGGAGAUGAAGGAAGCAUCAAGUCUUCAUUGCCAUUUUUGCCGAUUAUUAAAGUCAAUCUUGACGAGCCGCUGAAUAAGUCUGUUGUUAGAUAUCAAAGUGCAAUAUAUUACUUGCAUGAUCAACUAGCUUCUAUCUUUCUAAUGCAGAGCAACAAGGACUUCUUCAGCAACAACAUGAUGAAUGAAUACUUCCACAAGUUUACAAGCAACAAACUUAACGACUGGAUGUUUUAUUUCAUUAAACACAACAACAAAUACAUUAUCGUCAUAAAGAAUCAUAAUCAUAAUGCUAAAUCAGCCAAAAGGAAAAGCGUCACAGCUAUAAGAGCACAGAGUCUUGUUUCUUCUCCUGCAACUGUUGCUUCUGAUCCAAGUAAUAACAUUGCAAACAAUGUCAAUGGUCCAGGAUUACUAAAUAGAAUUACAGACGGAGUUGCUGAUUAUGCCCAUCUAGGGUUUCUUGACAACUUGGGCGAUGACGUCAAGUAUUGGCUAGCAGGUUUCACGCAUGGAGAUGAAGCAUCUUGA